AUGAAUGGCCUCAACUAUGCUACAAAAUGUGACGAGCUGGACGGGCUUCUCAAGCGGUAUUGUGAUCACAAAAAGCGGCAAGCAAAAUCUCUUCAAGAGCGACUGAAAGAAGAGGUGUCUACCAAUGUCGAGCUGAGGAAGUACAUUGCUUUCUUGGAAGGCAAGUUACAAGCAGAGGGUGAGAAUGCCAAGCAAUUAGCCCGGUCGCUUGAUGAUAGAAAAAGGGAUGUUAACGCUACCUUGAUGGGGCGCGAGCGGCACUUGCAUUCACUUGCAGCAGAGUUGGAGUCGCGACUUCGUAUGGUCGAGCAGCGCGAACGGGAGUGUGCCGAGUUUUCGACCGCCCUUGAGGAGAGGGAUCAACAUCACUGGGCAGACGUCAAGUCAUUCCAGAGGAGCAAAGCGCUGUUCGAGGCAGGGCUGGCAGCGUCCAAGAAGACUGUACGGGCAGAGCGGCAGCACAGCCGCUAUACAGAGGACUCGCUGACUGAACAUCUCGACGAUGUACCUGGCACAGAUAGACUUCUGCUGGCGCGAGGGUGCGAUCUCGGCUUUAAGACCCGCUACAUAGAGCACGUUCUGCUUUUCGAAAGGGAUGAAUGUACUGCACGCGUAAAUCUCCUCGCCGCUGAGAUAGAGGAGAGACAGAGCCUCAUGUGCAGUUUUUUUUGCACCAGCACAGCUCAUCUAAACCGCCUUCGUGCCGAGCAACAGGAGCACGAAAGGCAGCUUCACCGUGCUGAAGAUCUGCUGUGCCUGCAGCAAGUAGACCUGGCGGGCCGCAUGCGCAAAGCAAUGGAUUUACAACAGGACAGUUAUGCUCAUGCGGAAAUGCAGCGGAAAGUGCUUGCACUGCAGUGCAGAAGGGUUUUAAGGAGCGUUGGUGAUGUUGUCGGAUCCUUUUCAGGGCUUGACGUGGAAGCGGUAAUGUUAGAGCUCGAGGGCAGAAUUCAGGGAAUCCUGCGGGUGCCAAGCCUAGAUGUGAGCAAGGAGUACUAA